AUGAAGCCCAGCACUUAUAUGCAUCUGGCGGCCUUCUUUGGUCUGUCCACUGCCGCUCCCUGGACCAACAAGCGUGACACCAACACCUGCCCUUGUGCUCCCAAUGGCCAGGCCAGCACUUCUACCCAGACCAUCACCCAAUGGUCUACUCAGACUCGCACCCACACCAUCACAGAGCACGUCACUCACUACAUGACUACGACUGCUGCUGGUUCAGCAGUCCCAUCUGUACAGACUGACGCUGCUGCCUCUUCUGCUCCUGCUUACCAGGGAGGUAACUACGGUGGUUCGCCUUCGGCUGCAGCUUCGUCUUCGGAUGUCGAUGCCACCAACGGCUCUCCUACAAACGCAGCUCCUGGUGGCUCUGGUGCUACCACCCCCGCUGCAUCUGCCAAUGUCCCCGCCGUCACUGGUACUACCACUAUGGGCUCUUCCGGUCCUGAGGUCGUCUACGUGACUGACAUUGUCUCCGAGACUGUCACAACAUGCCCUGCAGGCGAGACGUGA